AUGCAAUUGCCAGUGAUCAAAACAGGCCUGUUGUCAUUCGUUGCCUUGCAACUGGCAUCGGUGGGCACUGUUGCAGCAAGCUGCAGUCUCCCAUCGACCUACAGUUGGACAUCAACUGGUCCACUAGCACAGCCCAAGUCAGGCUGGGCCUCGAUCAAAGACUUCACCAACGUGGUGUACAAUGGCAAGCAUCUCGUGUAUGCCUCAGUCGCCGAUACAUCGGGCUCCUAUCACUCGAUGAACUUUGGUCUCUUCAGCGACUGGUCGCAAAUGCAAUCGGCAAGCCAGACCCAAAUGAUCAAUUCCGCCGUCGCGCCGACCCUGUUCUACUUCGCGCCCAAGUCCGUCUGGGUCCUCGCUUACCAAUGGGGUUCGACCACGUUCUCCUACCGAACCUCAAGUGAUCCCUCCAAUCCAAAUGGAUGGUCAUCGGAACAUCCCCUUUUCACGGGUAGUAUCUCCGGCGGCACCGCCAUCGACCAGACCGUCAUCGGUGACUCUAAGAAUAUGUACCUCUUCUUCGCGGGCGACAACGGCAAGAUCUACCGCGCCAGCAUGCCCAUCGGUAACUUCCCAGGAUCCUUCGGUAGCGCGUACGAGGUUGUCCUAAGUGAUUCCCGCAACAACCUAUUCGAGGCUGUGCAGGUGUACACCGUCUCGGGACAGAACAAGUACCUCAUGAUUGUCGAGGCGAUGGGGGCGAAUGGGCGCUACUUCCGCUCUUUCACUGCCGACAGCCUCAGUGGUUCGUGGACUGUGCAGGCUGGUACUGAGCAGCACCCUUUUGCUGGAAAAGCUAACAGCGGUGCUACCUGGACGAAUGAUAUCAGCCACGGCGAUUUGGUUCGCAGCAACCCGGAUCAAACCAUGUCUAUUGACCCGUGCAACCUGCAAUUGCUUUACCAGGGGCGAGACCCGAAUGUCAACCCAUCCUACAAUCUUCUUCCUUAUCGCCCAGGGCUGUUGACACUGAAGCAUUGA